AUGGCGACCGCCGUGGCGCAACAAGACGCGUCCGUGGCGCCCAAGAAGCCCAGCACCACGCGGUCCAUCCUGGCCGGAGCCCUCGCAGGCGCUGUGGAAAUCUCUAUCACGUAUCCGGCCGAGUUCGCGAAGACGAGGUCGCAACUCAACCGCAAGCUAGCAGAGGGCCAGAAGCUCCCCUGGCCCUCAUUUGGCAAGCAAUGGUACGCCGGCUGCACGACGUUGAUCAUUGGCAAUUCGGCCAAGGCCGCUAUACGGUUCGUCUCCUUUGAGCAGUACAAACGCUUGCUCGCCGACGAGAAUGGCAAGGUCACCGGACCGCGGAACGUGAUUGCUGGUUUCUUCGCCGGUGUGACCGAGUCGCUCAUUGCCGUGACGCCCACCGAGUCCAUCAAAACGUCCCUGAUUGAUGACCGCAAGCGGGCCAACCCCCGGAUGAAGGGCUUCCUCGACGCUAUCCCUAUCAUCUAUAAAGAGAGAGGAAUCAAGGGCUUCUUCCAGGGCCUGGUGCCGACGGCCGCCCGGCAGAGCGCCAACUCGGCGGUUCGGUUCGGUUCCUACACCAGCUUGAAACAGUUGGCUGAGAGCUACACGGCGCCCGGCGAGAAACUCGGGGCGCUCGGCACCUUCGGCAUAGGAGGCGUGGCCGGCGCCAUCACGGUCUACGCGACGCAGCCGCUCGACACGAUCAAGACGAGGAUGCAGAGCAUCGAGGCCAAGAGCGUGUACGGCAACAGCUUCCGAUGCGCGUCCAUGAUCUUCAAGCAGGAGGGAGUUCUCACUUUCUGGAGCGGAGCAGUGCCGCGCCUAGGCAGACUGAUCCUCAGCGGCGGGAUCGUCUUCACCAUGUACGAGAAGACGAUAGACCUGUUCCAGAAGAUGGACCCAGAGGAGCGAUACUUGUGA